AUGUCUAAAUCAUCAUCAACAUCAGCGACGUCAGAGUCAAUACCGGUAGCUUCAAGUGCCACCACGAAUAGCACUACCAAUGGCACUAUUGCUCGUCCAGAGGAUCCAGAAACCACUACUCAACAGCCAAUUAUUUUUGCACCUGAAACGUAUCAAUACACUAAAGGUCAUCUUGAUGAAUCCCAAGUUUUAAAUAAUCCAUUGGACCAAUUCCAUUUAUGGUUUAAAGAGGCACAGGAACAACUACCAAAAGAAUCUGAUAUUAUAGUCGAAGCAACGACAUUCUCAACCGCAAGAUUACCAAGUGGCCGUGUCUCUAGUCGUAUUGUUCUUUUAAAAGAGUUGGACAAGUACGGGUUCUUGAUUUACUCGAACUGGGGCACAUCCAAAAAAUCACAAGAUUUUGAAACCAACAAGUAUGCGAGCUUGACAUUUUUUUGGCCACACAUUCAACGUCAAGUUAGAGUGGAAGGUAUUAUGGAGCAUGUCACGAGAGAGACUAGUGAACGGUAUUACAAAACGAGACCAAGAGGUUCCAAGAUAGGAGCAUGGGCAUCCCCACAGAGUUCCAAGAUGAACUCGAGAGAUGAUUUGAAUGUUUUAAACAAGGAGUAUGAAGAUAAGUUUAAGGAUUUAAAAGAUGACGAAAUCCCAUGUCCCGAAUACUGGGGAGGUAUUAGGAUUGAGCCAUUGGAGGUGGAGUUUUGGCAAGGCGGGUUGAGCAGAUUGCACGAUAGAAUCACAUUUAGACGUGAAGUAAAGUCUGACCCAAAUUGGGAAAUCAUUAGACUUGCUCCUUAG